UUUUAAUCUGUUUUUAAACAGCCUGCUUGCGUUUGUCGCUUUGUCCACUACGUAGCGAGCACGUCCCUGGUGACGUCAUGACGCGGCGUUGCCCGGACAACGACGUCGGCGUCCCACCAAGGAGGAAAAGAGCAAGACUUUUCUUUCAGGUGAAGUUGAUGAUGGAGGAUAGCGUUCUGCCCCUGCGGGUCCCCCCUCAGAUGUCCAUCUAUGCCGACCAGCACAACGUUAUCCACCUGGUCCAGAGUAUGGUGUCCAGCCUGGCUGUGGACCAGCCCCAAGACCCCAUCGCGUAUCUUCUGCUUCUGCUCCAGGACAGCAGCGUGCACGUUCCCAGGGUGGUCCUGAUGGGUCCCCCCGCCGUGGGCAAAACCACUGUGGCCGGGAGGCUGUGCGCCGACCUGGGAGCUGUCCACGUCACCAUGGAAACGCUCCUCGAGGACCCAUCGCCACUGGGCGAAGAGGCGCGCCGCCACGCGCUCAAGCAACAGGAGGUGCCUGAUGAUCUUCUGGUGGACUUGAUUCAAGGGCGACUCAAACAGUCCGACUGCUUCAACACGGGCUGGGUGCUGGACGGGCUUCCUCAAACUCGGCUGCAGGCUCGGAGUCUUCAGCAGGGCGGCGUCAUUCCCAAACAUGUCGGUAAGCGUUUGCGCGCUGGGUGGCGUGUUCGCGUGUCAGGAAGUGACGUAACGCGGCGCGAUGGCCUGUCAGUUCUGCUGGACGCCGGCGAAGACGUUCUCCUGGAGCGGCAUCGCGGCAGGCUGCUGGACCCGCUCACCGGAGACGUGUACCACGAGGCAUUCGUGCGGCCGUGCGAUGAGGCGGUGGCGCAGCGUGCCGAGAAGAGGCCCGCCGCGCGCGAAGGGGGUCUGACGGCCGACCUGCAGCGAUACCGCUGCAAAGUGACCGGGUUGAGCUCCGCCUACCGGCACAUCCUCAAGACGGUGGACGCUGACCAGCCGCCUGACGACGUCUACCAGCAAGCGGUGGCCUUUUUGCGGACUCGGCGUUGUUCCCGAACUCCCAGAGUUCUCCUGCUAGGUCCACCGGGCUCAGGGAAGAGACUUCAAGCCAAGAUGCUGGCUGACAAAUACAAGAUGGUGGACGUGUGUUGCAGUGACCUUCUCAGUUGGGCCGAAGCUGACCCGUCUUCAGUGGGAGAAGAAGUCCGAACAUAUGUGCAGCACAAUCGAACAGUUCCAAAGAAUGUGACCUUGAAAGUCUUUCAAGAGCGUCUGGACCGUCCGGACUGUAGCCAGCGAGGUUGGAUCCUUCACCACCUGCCGUGCGACCUCCAACACGCCAAAAACCUGACGGAUUCACUCAACGCGCCGAACAGGGUUUUCUUUCUGGAGUUGACUGAUGACGUUUGCUUGCAAAGAACCAUGAUGAAGCACAGCCUAGCUGAUCCGAGCGUUCACACUGCACCCGGUGACGUCCGCGAAUGUGAUGACAACACACGCACUGUCACAAAUGCGCUCGGAGUUUACAGGACGCACACCGCAGGCUUGCAGUGUGUGUUUCCAGAUGGUGUGCACGUGGAUGCAGAUCAGGAUCCACAGUGUGUUUUUGAGGCUCUCGACAAACAGCUUACCAUACAAACAUACACACACUGACCAACAAUGACACAUGCGCACAAAAGUAGUAACACACACACUUUGAAAAAAUUGCAGUCAUUGUUUAUCAUCACAAGUUGGAAAUUAAAUCACAUUCAAAAUUGAGUUUGAUGGCCAAAUGUUCUGUCCCGAUGCUUCAGAAAGGGGGUCCAAAAUGGCAGACUUAACAUCCAUCCAUCCAUCCAUCCAAGUAUCUUCAUAGCUUCUAGCAGCCCAAUCUUUGCUCAAUAAAAGUGACGUUUAUUCAAAACACUUAAA